AUAAGGCGCCACAGUGCAGUGGGGUCAUCAUAGUACUUUUCCAAUAUUAGACCUCCUCCGACAAUCUUGACACUACCCAAACUACUCAAGUUCCAAAUAACAUCUAAAGGAUAAAACUGUCAAUUCCUCUCACCACUUCAACAGCAAAGUUGAAAUUGAAAACUCCCAAUUUGGCAAUUGGCUCUGUUUGCAAUUCAGCAUAGGUAGUAACGUUGAGUUCGAACGCCAUUGCAUAGAAGUAAAGCACAUGAAAAAAAAACGUGGGUACUAAAAACAAAAAACUCCUGGAAAAAUCACGAAUUCCAACCCCCCCAAAUUAGUCAAAAACACGAAAACCAAGAGAGGAUCAGUUAGGAAUUGGCCUCUGCAUGCUUGCCAUUGUGAGGGUAGUUGUCAGUUUGCUACACUCUUUUGGUUUAAGUAUUCUUUUGGGGAUUCUUGGUUUUUGAGACAGAAUUAUUCUGGCAAUGGCUGGUUAUUGCUCCUGCUGUGUUUCCUUGGAAAAGGUUGAAGAAGAUCUCACAGCUUAUGGGAUGAACCUCAUGAAUCCUCCCUCUGCCACUGAUGAGCUCUUCAAACUUCUUGAGAAAGUUGAGUCCUUACUGAAAAUGGUAAGUCAGCACCCUUUUGAUUCGACGAGAAGUGCACUUCAACCUGUAAUGAAAGCACUGGUUAGUAAUGAGCUUCUGAGGCAUACCAAUGAAGAUGUCAAAGUUUCAGUUGUUUCUUGUAUCACUGAGAUUUCUAGAAUAUUUGCCCCAAAGUACCCUUAUGAUGAUCAUAAACAACUGGAGGAAAUUCUCCAGCAAACUGUAAUGGCAUUGAAAAAGUUAUCUGAUGUUAGUGGCCGCAGUUAUCGUAAGGUGGUCCGAAUUCUUGAAAUUUUUGCUAAAGUAAGGGUCUGUGUGGUGUUAUUGGACCUUGAAAAUGAAACUUUAGUUAUCGAGAUAUUCAGACUUUUUCUUGAGGUCAUCAGGCCCUACCAUCCUCGUAAUAUAUUCACUUGGAUGAAAGAAAUCAUGACUCGGCUCAUAGAAGGCAGUGAAGAACUCUCAGUAGAGCUUCUACAGCCUCUUCUUGAUAGUGUCAAAAUUGAUAAUCAGAUGGCUUCACCUGUUGCAUCAAAAUUGGGGGAGAAAGCCCUAAAAGACUCUGCUGCCAUUGUUAAACCUUACUUUGCAGAAGCCCUAAAGUCAAUGAGCUUAGAUUCUGAUUAUUAUGCUGAAAUUGGUACCUUAUUAUGCAAUGAAUUGCCAAAAGGAAAAGAAAUGAUGACAAUUGAAAAUGCACCUGAUACUGUACAUCAUGUAAAAGUUGGUCCAUCUGUGGCUAAAAUUUGUGAGCCAGCGCUGCAGGAUGACACUCACAGGGAGAAGCUAAAGGAUACUGGUACAACAAACAUCAUGAAACCUGACAAUCCAGAAGAUGUGCAAAACCAGGAAGGGACUGGAAGUCUUGGUCAUUGGUUUCAGCCCAAGAAAAAUGAGAUCCUGAUAAAUGAGGAUUCUGAGCUGGUUGUGUUACUUCCAAUAGAAGAUGUGCCACAAUCCCAAGUUCAGGAAAAAAAUUCUCUUCAUUUAGGUCUCACUUGGGGAGGAGAGAGAACCAAGCGCACACUAUGUGCCAAAAGAAAACCAGGAAGGGACUCAAGAAAGAAUGAAUCUGCUUCCAAUUGUGAUGCAGAGAGAAAAUCUGAAUCUAGCAUAAAAAUGGAAGUAGGAAACCUCAAAGAACACAAGGAGCCAUCACUGCAACAAAUUUAUGGAAUGAAACAGAAGAAGAAGAAGAAGAAAACAACUACUAAGAUUCACGGUAUUGAAGAAUCUGGAGAUAAGGCUACUAAAUUAUCAGUCAAAGAUGAAAAUCACUUAAACAAAUGUGCUAAUUGUAAAUCUGGGAGGAAGUUGGCUACAAGGAAACAUGAGGAUUCUAAAAGGGCUCGUACCAGCAAAGAUCAUGGUGCAGAACUGAUCGGCGCUAAAAUAAAAGUUUGGUGGCCGUUGGAGCAAGCGUUUUACGAUGGAGUCAUUUCUUCUUUUGAUUCUGAGACAAACAAACACGAGGUCGUAUAUGAUGAUGGUGAAGUAGAAAAAUUGAGACUACAUAAACAACGAUGGGAGAUGCUUGAAGAUAAUUCAUCUCAAAAGGAUUCUAAAAGACCCUGCACCAUCAAAGAAUAUGGCAAGGAACUGGUUGGCGCUAGAAUAAAAGUUUGGUGGCCAUUGGAUGAAAAGUUUUACGAGGGAGUAGUUUCUUCUUUUAAUCCUAUGAAAAGGAAGCACAAGGUCGUAUAUGAUGAUGGUCAAGUAGAGAAAUUGAGACUACAUAGAGAACAAUGGGAGAUGCUUGAAGAUAAUUCAUCUCAAAAGGACCAUGAAUUAGACUUUCAAGGCCAUGCUGUUUCAUCUGCUACUGGAGUAGGUCUUCAAAGAAGAAAGCAAAGAGAAACUUCUCAACGGGGCCGAACAUCUCUUCAUCCAAAAGGUCUUAAAGUACUGCGAAGUAAAGGGCACUGAAUCAGUGGAAAUUUCUGUUGCAGGCGGGGAAGAAACUCAACUCCUGGAAGUCUUGAAGAAAUUUCAUAAACAAAUUGAUUUGAGAAGUGAAAUGUUAAGUCUUUGAAUAAUCAGUAGCAGCAAAAAACUGAAUGAGAAUGACAUUUUUCAUCAGGCAUAUUGAUCCUACAAGUCUUUUUAACUUGUCAUGCUUGUAGACGUAUAGUAUGUAGCUACCGGCUGUUCUUUGUGUUUACUAUUACUCAGCUUAUAUGUAUGGUUAAAUAACUGCUGUUGGGGAGUUCCGAAUUCCUACAAGUUAUUCUGUUUUCUUCAAUUUCAUCCUAGCUUUUCUUUUUAUU